GGAAGGGCGGGCGUUCCCGAUGGCUGAGCGCGCGACGCCGCAAGCCUCAGCGCAUCGUCACCUGCACCGCGACGUUCACCAACCCAGGCGACAUGGCCCGAAGUGCCCUCUACUUUCUCUUGACCUUGCUCCCGGCGGCGUCGUAUGCGUACUCUGGGACAGCCCCCAUUGUCGCGUGGUCGUCACAUAGCUCGAAUGCGCUAAGCUUAGCGUCUUCGGCGGGAUACACAAACUCAGUCACCGCACUGGAGGAUAUUCUCUUGAAUGGUGCGGCAUGCCAACACGAUGCCAUUAUUCUCGUCGACCAGAAGGGCCUGCAUGCCUCCGACCUUCGCAAUCUCCCUUCCUCGAGCGAGCUCGCACAGACUCUGAACUCGGCUGUGUCUACCCUCGAGCUGCCCUACGUACCCCGCAGCGUCUCGAACCCAUUCUCGAACCUCGCUGGUGCAGUCGCUGAGCGCUGCGGGGCACGCGUGGUCACGCACGCACCAGGAAGCACCGAUUCUUCUUUCAGCGCGAAGGAAAAGCACGUUGUAUGCGUGGAAAUGCCAGCGUUGGAGGGGGUUGAGGGCGCGGACAGGAGGAAGGUUGUGGCAGAGCACGACUCGAGCCUCUCUUCUGCCAUUGCCACGCUCGCGGAGACAUUCCCAAGCCACCUCGUCGUCUACGCAGGCUGGCACCCCUCUCUCUACGCCCGCCAGUCCUCUCCCUUCGCCUCCAACCUCACCUCCACGGCAGCAUUUGCAACGCCGUCAGGCGGCAUCCUCGCACGCUACCAGUUGCUCACACCAGGCCUCAUCCUCGCGCUCGCCGUCGGCUUCUUCAUCCUCGUGCCCAUUGUGCUAAUGGGAGUCUCCGCCCUUGCGAGUAUUCAAUCUCCUCUGCAGGGCGAGGCGCCGAAGGGUUACAUUGCUUCGGAGAAGAAGAACCAGUAAGGUUGAUUCGUAUGCAUGAAAGGCCGGAUAUCCCGCAGAGUUGAUGGCUGCCUACGGAGGGUUGGUGCGCAUGUAAUGUACGGAUGCGUGUUCUGCAAUAAUGGCUAAUUAUUCCGCUAUCGUCUGACUUCUCUCAAAACGAAUGCUACUCUUUCUCAAUGUCCAAGAUGGCGCAUCUUCCGGUUGUUC